AUGUCGACCGACCAAAAGUUUACAGGGUGGCUUGGCCUAGACUCUCGGGCUGCCGAUGGAAAAAUGGUUUGGGGGAGUUUACCCCGAAGCAUUGGGAAGAGACGGAUGUUGAUAUCCGAAUUACACACUGUGGCGUGUGUGGCACGGAUAUGCACACUCUGCGAAGUGGAUGGAGCCCUACCAACUACCCUUGCUGUGGUAAUUGGUCAUGAAAUCGUUGGUACCGCAAUUCGGGUUGGUUCCAAAGCUGUCGGAGAUAUUCAAGUCGGUGACCGCGUUGGAGUUGGUGCUCAAAGUGACGCAUGUCUAUCGCGAAAAGAUCACUGCGAAGAAUGCAGCACGGGCAAGGAAAAGUACUGCACCAAGCACUGGACGGGAACCUACAACAGCGUGUUCAUGAACGGCGAAAAGUCCUAUGGUGGAUACGCCUUGUAUAACCGCUGUCCUUCCCACUUCGUCAUCAAGAUCCCGGAUGGAAUAUCGUCUGCUGCCGCUGCGCCAAUGCUCUGUGCUGGUAUCACGACUUAUGCUCCAUUGAAAGCACACGGUUGCGGACCGGGAAAAAGGGUGGGCGUGAUCGGAGUAGGAGGACUGGGACAUUUUGCUCUCUUGUUCGCCAAGGCCCUGGGCGCUGAUCAAGUGGUUGCCAUUUCUCGUGGCUCGAGUAAGAAAGAAGAUGCCUUGAAGUUGGGGGCUGAUCACUAUAUCUCGACCCAGGACCAGGUGGACUGGGCCAAGUCUAAUGCGGCGACUUUGGAUCUUAUCAUCUCAACUGUGGAUUCUCCAAAGAUGCCUCUUGGAGAUUACUUCACCAUUCUCAAGGCAAAUGGAGUUUUCGUCCAGCUUGGAGUACCUGACGGUGGCGCGCUACCAGUUCCUAUUCCUGCACUCAUUCACCGCGGCAUCACUCUGGCAGGAUCUCUCAUCGGAUCACCUCAUGAGAUCCGUGAAAUGCUGCAUCUCGCUGCCGAAAAGAACAUCCAACCAUGGAUUGAGGAGCGCCCUAUGGAAGAUGCAAAUCAGACUAUCGCUGACAUGGAAGGCGGACAAGCUCGGUAUCGUUAUGUGCUGGUAAACCACCAGCACCUGUGA